CUUCGGCUUCAAGGGCACGCUGGAGGGGAACAAGAUCUACUGGAGAACACCCCGUGCAAGGUCGUGUGGACGAAGGCGGUUGCUCCUCGGGACGUCGGUGAAGCUGCUGUGCGGCGUCCUGGCCCGGAGCGUCUUCCCGUGCAAGCUGAUAAGGCAGAAGAUGUGCACGAUUUGGACUGGGCCGGCUUGGGCCAAGUGCGUGCAGCUGCACAUGAACGGGCGGACGAAUCUGACCAUGACGAUCAGCACCCUGAUGUGCUAUGCUGCUGGUGCGACGCUUCUGGUGACGAGACAGCCGCUUUUCAAACAGCUCGGCUCGACCGGGUGUGCGAGCUUCUGGGUCAUGUGUCACAGCCUGCUGCACGUCUCCAUGAUGCGCUCCUGCCUGAGGGAAGUCGCCAUGACGAGCUCCAGCGCGACGACGACUACAUGUGGGUCUCUGCUGGCCAGGGUCUCGUUCGCUGCAUUCCCUGCGUUGGACAUCGGCUUCUACUGGGGUAGCCAAGUAUUCUGUUCGUGAGCAAUGCCUUCAGCUGCGGCUCCUUCUUUCUCCCCCCGCUCUUCGGGGUCUUCUUUUUCAUCUGCGUUGUCCUCGCGUGCCUCGGGGACCUCCCAUGUAUUCCGCUCUGUGCGUGAGGUGGAGGACCAGCAGCGCCCCUGGGCUGCCCUGGCCGAGUCCCUCGAGCUCGCGGCGGCCGCCCCCCUGGAGACGCGAAGGCAUGAGAGGGCCGCCUUCCAAACGGAAGGCGCAGCCAGCCGCACCGCGCGCAGUGGUGAGCGGCACGGCCCUCGGCAGCAGAGAGCCGCCCGCUGGACGCCGUGCUCGCCUCCGUGCAGGGAGGAGAGGAGGCAGCGGAUGAGGAGGAGGGGCAGACUUUGCUCCGGCGCCACGGCUGCCAUGUACCGUAGUGGAAUUCAGGCCGUGCGGCCUUUUUCGCAGAAUGGGCGCACGAAUUCGGCAGGCGGCGCUCCGGGGGCUCGCCGCACAGACCUCGCACAGACCGGUGUUGUUUUGCUCUCCCUCGCGGCAGAGCACGCGCGAGUCGGCCGACUCGCGAUGGUCCAAAACGGCACUCCGGCUCCGCAGCCACAGCGGUCUCGGAGGAGGAGGAGGGAGCUUCGAUCA